CGGUUUCCAGGGAAACUGGCUAUCAGAACCUUUUCAAUACAACACACUAUCACACACACAGCAGAUAACAAGGAGAGCUGCCUCCUGCCUCCUACCUCCUGCCUGCCUCUUUCUUGCCUGCUUCUUGCCUGCCUGCCUCUUGCCUGCCUGCCUCCUGCCUCUUGCAUGGCUGCCUGCCUGUCUGCCUGCCAAACAAACGCAGAAAGAGAUCCUUCUGGAACCACAAACUCUAGCUCACUGCAAUCAUAGACUGUGAACAACACGCGGGAGGGGAGAAGGAAGAGCUGCGUAGUUUGAUUCACAGAGACGAGAUGUGGCUGUUAUAGGAGACCUGCACUGUGGACCCUGGGAAGAGUCCUCUCUCUGUUGGACUGCUGAGGAACCUCUGACAUCACAGCUGUUUGCACCGGAACCUCUGACAUCACCACUGCCCCUGAGGAGCCUCGUAUGGAUACCAGUCACCAGUCUGUCAAUCAAGACUGUCAGCCAAAACGUCACAUGCACACCAUGAUCGGUGUGGGGUUGGAUGGGGAGUCGCUGGAGCACGGAGACACAACUAUCAUACCUAUCACAGCUAUUAGAGCAGUGGACUCAAGUGAUGUUGCUGUUCAGCUGGACUCACACCCUGUGGUGGAAAGCACUCAGAUUACAGGGUGUGCUGAGUUUGAAACGCCCACUGUUCAAAUACUCCCCUCAGUACAGGGCCAUGCAACAGAGGAGGACUUCUACUUACCCCAAAAAUAUCUGAAUAACCACCACCCACAGUGUGAGGCUUCACACAGAGAAUUCUUCCUGGAGGAGGAGGAGGAGGAGGAGGAGGAGGAGGAGGAGAGAGAGAAAGUGGAGAAGAUAGGGAAAGAGGAUGUCAUAAAGAAAGAUGGAGAGAGCGAGAAAGAGAAGGAGUUAGGUAAAGAGAAAGGGAUAGAUGAAGAGAUAAAAAAAGACAAAGAGAAAGAGACUGAGAAGGAGAGAGAGACAGAGACAGAGACAGAGGAGAGAGAGACCGAGAAGGAUAGAGAGACAGAGACAGAGACAGAGAAGGAGAGAGAGACCGAGAAGGAGAGAGAGACCGAGAAGGAGAGAGAGACAGAGAAGGAGAGAGAGACCGAGAAGGAGAGAGAGACAGAGAAGGAGAGAGAGACCGAGAAGGAGAGAGAGACAGAGAAGGAGAGAGAGACAGAAAAGGAGAGAGAGACAGAGAAGGAGAGAGAGACAGAGAAGGAGAGAGAUACAGAGAGACAGCACAUGCAGACCCAGGUUAGUCUGGAGGUGGUUCAGUACCAGUCUGUAGCCACCAGUCCCAUGACCUCACCUCAGGGGGCUGGCGCCGACGCCUUCCCCUUCCCAGCAUCUUCUAGCAGUCUAACGGUGGUUCAGUGCCAGUCUGUAGCCACCAGUCCCAUGACCCCACCCCAGGGGGCUGGCGCCGACGCCUUCCCCUUCCCAGCAGCCUCUAGGAGUCUAAAGGUGGUACAACACCACUCUGUAGCCACCAGUCCCAUGACCCCACCCCAGGGGCUGGCGCCGACGCCUUCCCCUUCCCAGCAUCCUCCAGGAGUCUAAAGGUGGUUCAGUGCCAGUCUGUAGCCACCAGUCCCAUGACCCCACCCCAGGGGGCUGGCGCCGACGCCUUCCCCUUCCCAGCAGCCUCUAGGAGUCUAAAGGUGGUACAACACCACUCUGUAGCCACCAGUCCCAUGACCCCACCCCAGGGGGCUGGCGCCGACGCCUUCCCCUUCCCAGCAUCCUCCAGGAGUCUAAAGGUGGUUCCGUGCCAGUCUGUAGCCACCAGUCCCAUGACCCCACCCCAGGGGGCUGGCGCCGACGCCUUCCCCUUCCCAGCAUCCUCUAGGAGUCUAAAGGUGGUUCAGUGCCAGUCUGUAGCCACCAGUCCCAUGACCCCACCCCAGGGGGCUGGCGCCGACGCCUUCCCCUUCCCAGCAUCCUCUAGGAGUCUAAAGGUGGUUCAGUGCCAGUCUGUAGCCACCAGUCCCAUGACCCCACCCCAGGGAGCUGGCGCCGACGCUUUCCCCUUCCCAGCAGCCUCUAGGCUGGGUGCGGAGACUAAGGUGGCAGAGCUGCAGGUGUUGCACCAGGUAGAGUUCCGUUCUGUCGCCACUGCACCCAUGACUCCAAAAAACAACAACAGCCCCACCCUCCCCUCUGCAUUCCCAGAGCUCAGCAGGAGAGAAGGGGAAAAGGGGACGGAGGAGAGGAGAGAGAAACAGGGGAGGGACGAGAGGGAAACUACAUCGGACCCUGUUGUAGUUACUCCUUGUCUGAUGUUAGCUCCGGUACUGAAAUGUGGUGCUCCGAAAGAGGAGGUGGCUGAAGAGACAAAGUCUCAGUCCAACAUCCAUCCAGAUAGCUCUGUUUACUCAGAUCCUCAGACUGAUGGACUCUGUCACAACUACGCUGGUGAACCAGAACCAGUGGAGGUUAAAAGGAGAGGGCGACAUGGGGCGACUGGGGACACUGUCGAUCAAGAGAUCACCAUUCUGGUCACCCAGCAUGACAGCAUCGGAGUUGUGGAACAAGAGAAGGAGGAAGAAGAGGAGGAGGAGAGAAGGGAGGAGAUGAUGUCAUUUAUUCACUCCACUGAGCCCGAGGCGUCUGUGGAGGUAGACAACAUUGAAGGGGUGAAGGUCGUUCCUCCGGUGCCCCAAAACAGCCUGCACGAUGGGAGAAGUGACGACGUAGCUCAACCAGAAAGCGCAGAGACGGUCAUGAACCCCGACUCACACGGAAACAGAGAGGAAGAUUCUCUCCCUCCUUCCGGUGAAGACAUCCAAACAAAGACGAAGCAGAUGACAUCACCACAAUCUCUGACUAAAAACAAGCACCCUGAACAAAUAGGAGAGGAAUCGAAGCUCCGCUUUAGUGAGGAGCAACCCAACCAGACAGAACAGCACAGCCUAGUGGACAGGAGUGGAACUGCCCAACCCAUCCAGACAGAACAACACAGCCUAGUGGACAGGAGUGGAACUGCCCAACCCAUCCAGACAGAACAACACAGCCUAGUGGACAGGAGUGGAACUGCCCAACCCAUCCAGACAGAACAACACAGCCUAGUGGACAUGAGUGGAACUGCCCAACCCAUCCAGACAGAACAGCACAGCCUAGUGGACAGGAGUGGAACUGCCCAACCCAUCCAGACAGAACUGCACAGCCUAGUGGACAGGAGUGGAACUGCCCAACCCAUCCAGAAAGAACAGCACAGCCUAGUGGACAGGAGUGGAACUGCCCAGACAGAACUGCACAGCCUAGUGGACAGGAGUGGAACUGCCCAACCCAACCAGACAAAACAGCACAGCCUAGUGGACAGGAGUGGACCUGCCCAACCCAACCAGACAGAACAGCACAGCCUAGUGGACAGGAGUGGACCUGCCCAACCCAACCAGACAGAACAGCACCACUCUGUAGCCUCCCGCCCCAUCACCCCAACCCAGGGGGUCGGCACCAACGCCUUCCCCUUCCCAGCAUCCUCUAGGUGUCUGGAGGUGGUACAGUACCAGUCUGUAGCCACCAGUCCCAUGACCCCACCCCAGGGGGCUGGCGCCGACGCCUUCCCCUUCCCAGCAGCCUCUAGGGGGACGGGUGCGGAGACUAAGGAUGCUGAGCUGCAGGUGGGCCAGCAGGUGGAGUUCCGUUCUGUCUCCACGGCACCCAUGACACCAAAAACGGCCCCCGCCAUCCCCACAGCCUUCGCAGAGCUCAGCGAGAGAGAGGGGGAGGAGAAGAAAGAGGAGAGCGAGGCGGAGGAGAAGAAAGAGAAACAAGAGAGGGAGGAGAGUACAAAAGAGACGAAGGAGGACAGAAGGGAAGAGAAAUCAGAAGUGAAAGUAAAAGAGGGUGAGGAGCAGACAAAGCAGGAGGAGAGGUCAGACGAGCCAGUGCAGGAGGUGAGGUGGGACGAGAGGGGGAUGACGUGGGAGGUGUAUGGGGCGGUGGUAGAGGUAGCCGUCCUAGGCUCAGCCAUACAGAAACACCUGGAGAAACAGGUUGAGAAGCUCAGAAAGCAUCCCUCCCCUGCCCUGCCUCCUCCCCUCAACCCAGCCGCAUUGCCCCUGCCCAGUACCCCUCCUCCCCUCAACCCAGCCGCCAUGCCCCUGCCCUCCAUCCCUCCUCCCCUCAACCCAGCCGCCUUGCCCCUGCCCUCCACCCCUCCUCCCCUAAACCCAGCCGCCAUGACCCUGCCCUGUGCCCCUCCUCCCCUCAACCCAGCCACCAUGCCCCUGGCCACCACCCCUCCUCCCCUAAACCCAGCCGCCAUGCCCCUGCCUUCCAACCCUCCACCAGCCUCUGGGACCACCCAGGGGUUGUUGGGUAAGGGCUUGGCCUGGAAGAGAGGGGAGCGGGAGGGGAAGAGAGGCAGGCGCCGGAGGAACCCUUUCCGUUUGCUGUUGAAGAACAUGCAGCAGCCCAACUGUUGCUCCCGAGCUCAUUCUACUGAGUGACACUGCAGGAGCAUCAUCCAUACCCUCCUUCCUCUGCCACUGAACUGAAGGCUAACUACAUUACCAUCCAUACCCUCCUUCCUCUGCCACUGGACUGAAGGCUAACUACAUUACCAUCCAUCCCCUCCUUCCUCUGCCACUGGACUGAAGGCUAACUACAUUACCAUCCAUUCCCUCCUUCCUCUGCCACCGGACUGAAGGCUAACUACAUUACCAUCCAUACCCUCCUUCCUCUGCCACUGGACUGAAGGCUAACUACAUUACCAUCCAUUCCCUCCUUCCUUUGCCACUGGACUGAAGGCUAACUACAUUACCAUCCAUACCCUCCUUCCUCUGCCACUGGACUAAAGGCUAACUACAUUACCAUCCAUUCCCUCCUUCCUCUGCCACUAGACUGAAGGCUAACUACAUUACCAUCCAUUCCCUCCUUCCUCUGCCACUAGACUGAAGGCUAACUACAUUACCAUCCAUUCCCUCCUUCCUCUGCCACUGGACUGAAUGCUAACUACAUUACCAUCCAUUCCCUCCUUCCUCUGCCACUGGACUGAAGGCUAACUACAUCACCAUCCAUAGAAACAUUUCCUCUGCCAUUGGACUAAAGGCUAACUACAUUACCAUCCAUUCCCUCCUUCCUCUGCCACUGGACUGAAGGCUAACUACAUUACCAUCCAUUCCCUCCUUCCUCUGCCACUGGACUGAAGGCUAACUACAUUACCAUCCAUCCCCUCCUUCCUCUGCCACUGGACUGAAGGCUAACUACAUUACCAUCCAUUCCCUCCUUCCUCUGCCACCGGACUAAAGGCUAACUACAUUACCAUCCAUCCCCUCCUUCCUCUGCCACUGGACUGAAGGCUAACUACAUUACCAUCCAUUCCCUCCUUCCUCUGCCACCGGACUAAAGGCUAACUACAUUACCAUCCAUACCCUCCUUCCUCUGCCACUGGACUGAAGGCUAACUACAUUACCAUCCAUUCCCUCCUUCCUCUGCCACUGGACUGAAGGCUAACUACAUUUACAUUUUACAUUUAAGUCAUUUAGCAGACGCUCUUAUCCAGAGCGACUUACAAAUUGGUGAAUUCACCUUCUGACAUCCAGUGGAACAGCCACUUUACAAUAGUGCAUCUAAGUCAUUAAGG